AUGAGCGAUGAUGGAGAUUACGCUUCCAAAUCUCCAACUCGGAUGACGGCGGGCGCAACGGGAGAGGUUUUCCUUCCAAACGGUUCCUCUUCAAAGGGCUCUUCUAGAGAGAGCUCUCCAAAGGGCUCCUCUCCGAAAGGUUACUCUCCAAAGCCCAGAUCGGAACAUGAGCGCACCUCGCACUCUCCACAGUCAAUUCACAACAUCCCCGCGCUCGGGGGCUCACCGGGCGCCGAUGCCCCUACGGCUGAAGAGCACGCUGCCGCAGAUAAAGAUGCGGCUGAAGCGCCAGUUCAAGCUGAGAACGGAAUCGCGAUCGACAGCGACCAGGGCUCCUUCUUCGAUGAUGGCUAUGAGACGGACUCAAACCCGUCUAUUUCAACGUCCCUCGCGAGCAGUAUGCGUAACUAUAAGUUCGAGAAUGGUCGGCGCUAUCACCGCUUUCGGGAGGGCAGGUACAAUUUCCCGAAUGAUGAGAUGGAGCAGGAUCGCGAGGACCUAAAACACGCGUUGGUGGUGAAGCUGUGUCAAACGUAUUAUUUUGCGCCUGCUUAUGACAUGCAAAAUAUUUUAGACAUGGGAACAGGGACAGGCAUCUGGGCGAUUGAGGUGGGCGACCAACAUCCCGAAGCCACCGUCCUUGGGGUGGACCUCUCCCCGAUCCAGCCCGAAUGGGUACCACCAAACGUGAAAUUUAUGGUCGACGACAUCGAGAGCCCCUGGCUGCAUCCCCCGAACCACUUCGACCUCAUCCACUCGCGGCAUAUAGUCAUGGCUGUCAAAGACUGGCCCCGCCUGCUCAAGAACGCCUACAGACAUCUCAAACCCGGUGGCUGGAUCGAGCUGCAGGAGAUCCACCAUUUCCCCCAGUCGCCCUCCGAGGUCCCCCUACCAACCGACCUCCCCCUUGUCCAGUUCUGGGACCUCGUCGCAGAGGGCCUGGACAACUUGGGCGUCGAUUUCAAGCGCACCCUCUCCCUUGCAUCCAUGGUGCGCGACCGUGGCUACGCCAACGUGACGGAGCGCGUCUUCCAGGUGCCAAUAGGAACGUGGCCCAAGAACCGCACGCUGAAGGAGUGCGGACUAUACUGGAAAACUGUGCUUAUGGAAGGGCUGAGUCCGAUCGCGCUAGGCCCGUUCACGCGAGGAUUGGGCUGGUCGCAGGUGGAGGUCGAGGCGUUUCUGGUGGGAGUCCGGCAAUGCAUGAAGGAAGGGAGGGAUAAUGCGUUUAUGCCUAUGCAUAUAAUCUAUGCGCAGAGGCCGUGGGAUGAUGUGUGA